AUGCCUUCCGAGGUUUCCGAAAGUGAAACCUUUAAAGCUAUGAAUACUCAAGCUGAAUCAUUCUUAAGCACUUAUGGAAAACCAGACGCCAGCAACCUUGGAAAACCACAGGUACUGUACCGUCUAAUGAUAGUGGGAAAUGCUGCAGCUCAACCAAACUCGGGUCAACUUACUGAGCAAUUCAAACCCGGAGUCUACAUCACUUGUGUUAAUCACCCAAAUAGAGGGAAGAUCUUCAAACGAGUUAGAUUCAGCAAACGAAAGUUCGCCGAGCAACAGGCUGAAGAAUGGUGGAGCAAUAAUAAAGAUAGGGUGCUUAUGAGGUACAUCAAACCAUCAGCCUCACCAUCCUCUCUUCAACCACCGCCAGCACCUGCAGCUGCUGGUGAAACCACUGACGCAGCAUGCCCUUCCCAAACAUAGUUUCAUAAAA